AUGACUAGAAAUUUAUCUUCACAAUCAGCUAAUUGGAUUCCUACAUCACAUGCGACAACAUUCUCAUCAACAAUGCCAAAUUUCGAAGAAGCUACACCCUAUCGUGUUAAUCCUGAAGGUGUGAAAAAUUAUGUUAAGAAUCGUGGAAGUUUAAAUAUUGGUGACUGGGCUAUUGAAGGCAACAGAAUGUCAACAACAUCAGCAACACCAUUACCAAUAGAACAAGAAUCAAAUUUACCUCAACCGAAGGUUUUAGGGCCUGAUGCCUUACGAAAUUAUACAAAAAGUCGUUGUUCAACACCAAAUCUUCUUCAUGGCAAUAUUCAACCACCUGAUCUACUUUAUGGUAUGCGAGUUAAAAAAGAAGGGCGCGCUAAUUAUGAAAAAAAUCAUAAUACAGAAAUGAAAACAUUAUUUGAAAGUUAUGGAAAAUUAUCUUUACCAAUACAUUCGGUACCUCAUACUCAAGGCGAGCUAGCGACAAACCUUUUCUAUACACAUCAAGAAGGUCAAAUGGGUCCAAUAAUGAAUAGUUAUGGUCAUACUUCAGCCACACCCAGGCCAAUACCACAUGUGAAAGGUAUUGCUGCUGAAAUAAAUCUUCAAAAAGGACUUGGUGAUUCUCAAUUACUUCAACAUGAUAUUGACCGCUAUACACCAACGCCAGAACCACACGUCAAAGGUAAUCAAGCUCUUUUUAAUUAUGAUAUGGGUCAAGGUCAUCAUGUUAAUGAUCUUUUUCAACAAUAUGGUAAAUUACAACAAUCGGCUAGAGCUCCACCAAAAGUUAAGUAUGAUGGUGUUGAAAAUUUACGCAAAGGCCAAGGUGAUUCAAUGAGAAAAACACUUUCACAAUGUCCACCAACAACUCGCAAUAUGAAACCUCCGCAAUCUGUAUCAUAUUGGUCCUAA